UUGCAGCCAUAGAUUUUGCCAGCUUUUUUGUUAUUAUCUGUGGGUGGUUCUAUGAAAAAGUGAUUUUGUUUGGCUGCCCAUUUUCAUGAGUUUUCAAGUUUUUUCUGGGAAAUAUAGCUAAAGUAAUAAUUAAUAAUGGCUUUAUACUGUGCAAUAUCUAAUGAGGUCCCCGAGCUGCCCGUGGUGUCCCCUAUGUCUGGUGCCGUAUUUGAGAAGCGCGUUAUCGAGAAAUAUAUCAUAGAAAAUGGAGUGGACCCUAUCAAUGGCAAGGAAUUGAGAGUAGAGGAUCUUAUUGAGAUUAAAACUCCACCAAUAGUGAAACCAAAGCCACCGAGUGCCACAUCCAUUCCGGCCACACUGAAGAGCAUGCAGGAUGAGUGGGACGCUCUCAUGCUGCAUGCUUUUACACAGCGUCAGCAGCUUCAGACUGCUCGACAGGAACUAAGUCACGCUCUAUACCAACACGACGCAGCGUGCCGAGUGAUCGCGCGUCUGACCAAAGAGGUGACAGCCGCCCGAGAGGCGCUUGCCACGCUCAAGCCGCAAGCUGGCAUCGUCGCGCCACAGCCCACGCACCAGGCGGAGGGCGGCGCGGCGGGCGGCGGCGCGGCGCCGGUGGGCAUGUCGGGCGAGGUGGUGGCGCGGCUGCAGGAGCGCGCCACGGCGCUGACGCAGGAGCGCAAGCGCCGCGGCCGCACCGUGCCCGAGGGGCUGCUGGCGCCCGACCAGAUCCGCGCCUUCCUCACGCUCGCCUCGCAUCCCGGUCUCCACUCGGCCAGUGUGCCCGGCAUCUUGGCCUUGGACAUCAACCCUUCGGACCACAGCAAGCUGCUGACGGGCGGCAACGACCGCAACGCGACCGUGUUCAACAAGGACACGGAGCAGGUGGUGGCCAUCCUCAAGGGGCACAGCAAGAAGGUCACGCGCGUCAUCUACCAUCCCGACGAGGAUACCGUCAUUACUGCCUCGCCGGAUCAUACUAUUCGUGUUUGGAAUGUGCCCACGUCUCAAACGACAGUUAUUCUGCGCUCUCACGAUGGCCCAGUAACUGGUCUCUCGCUGCACCCCACUGGCGACUACGUACUGUCCACGUCCACUGACCAGCACUGGGCCUUCUCCGACAUCCGCACCGGCACCCUGCUCACCAAGGUCAGCGACUUCUCCGGCGUCAGCCUCACCACAGCACAGUUCCAUCCUGACGGUCUUAUCUUCGGAACCGGCACGGAGAACUCCCAAGUCAAGAUUUGGGAUCUGAAGGAACAGAGCAACGUAGCCAAUUUCCCGGGACAUGUCGGUCCAGUCACAUCCAUCUCCUUCUCUGAGAACGGUUAUUACCUAGCCACUGCAGCUGAAGACGCGUGCGUUAAGCUGUGGGAUUUGCGAAAGUUGAAGAACUUCAAGACUAUUCAGCUUGAGGAGGGGUAUGCUAUUAAGGAGUUGUGCUUCGACCAGAGCGGUACGUACCUGGCCAUCGCGGGUACAGACGUGAGGGUGUACCUGUGCCGGCAGUGGCAGGAGCUGAAGGUGUUCAACGAUCACACGGCGUCGGCGACGGGCGUGAGGUUCGGCAAGAACGCGCAGUACAUCGCCUCCACCAGUAUGGACAGAACGCUCAAACUGUACGGCUUAGAGUAGUACACUAUUCCAUGUUAUUUGUUUUCUAUAGAUUGAGCUGAUUUACUAAUGACUCUGUGUGCCCUGUUAAGGUAGCAACUUCGAUAUGAGCUCUAAUGUGAUGAAACUAUUGCAGGGUUGUUCUUUUUGUAUUUUUUUUUGACUGCGACUCAGUUAUUGGAGCCACAUAUGGUAUUUUAAUGACUUAGU